AUGGUAGCAAGAACAAAGCCAUCAUCAAAUGAACAAAAUCAUCAUCAACCCACUCGGAACUCUGUUGUAGCAAAAGAAGAUGACCUCGAAUAUGAUCUUGGACAUUUAAUGUGUCUAGAUGUACAUCCAAUUGAUUAUCAACAAAACAAUACCCACGAUGAAGAGGCUAACCACAGACUCCAACAAUCUCUCCUUGAAAGUGCCCGAGAAAAUACACAACUUCUUGUAAAUCAUCUCUUUCAAUUAGAGAAUAUCAAACAAGAGGAUACAGGUCUUUUUGCCGAGUUACCGGAUCCAAUCUUCCGUUUACCAAGAGAAAAACCUUGCCCAAAGAAACGAGAGUUGACCCGAUUUGAACAAUUCAUGGCUGAGAAGGGCCUUCGUAUUCGAGGAAAGAAUGAAAGAGAGAAACUUGUCUAUGAUGAAGUGCAUGAUGAAUUUAGACCUAGAUUUGGUUGGGGCAAAGCAAACAAUGCUGAUGAAACCGAUUGGAUUAUUCCAGCCAAGGAGGGAGACGAACAACAUGAAGAUCCAUUCUUGGCAAGACAAAUUGAAAAAAGAGAAAAAAAGAAGAAGCAACUCAAAAAUCAAGUCACAAAUAUUGGAAAAGGAGCAGCAAAGAAGGGAGCUAAAGAUGCUGAGAAGGAGAAUAAGGCUCUGGCCGUGCAAAACAAGUACAAUCCAGCAAAUACUCCAUCUACAUUAAAGAUAACAAAUGUAAAUGGUGGAAAGAUUAAUCCAAAACGAGCUCAUACGGGCUUAAAGGAUGAUUUCCUUAAUGCAUACGAUUUCGCUAGAGUGAGUACAGCAAGUAUGGGCAAAUUCGAUACACAGGUGAAGGAUGAAAAAUCAAUGCCUGUCCGAAAGGGAAUUUCGCAUCUUGUGGCUCCAGGAGCUAGCGCAAAUUAUGAUGAAAAGACAAAGGCCAUGAAGAUUUCAAGCAGAAUUUUGAAAGAAAGCACAAAGAAGAAGACAGGACAGCUCAAGACGAACGCAGUUAAUAUUUUCCAACAUUUAACAGAGAAAGAUGGAAGAAAACAAAAGAAGGUACAUCUUCUUGCCCAGGCUAGAGAUCGCUACAAGAAGAAGGGCACGACAUCAAAGAAGGACAGAGAUUUCACUGUGGAAAAAAAGAGGAAAUAA